GCAAAGUUUUCCACAUUACUAGAUUCGCGCAAUCGGCCGGCUGCGCGCGCUCGCCGCACUUAGCUCGAUGCACACGCAAAUAGUCGCAGCCGCACUCGCGAAUGCACUUCGAGGGUAGCAGGACGAAGGGUAUGCAACCGGUCGAGCUGCUCCUUAGCUGACACUACCAGCCUCUCUUUCUCUCGCUACUUGAAACGUCUUUCAGCGCCGAAAUCACCAAAAUGCUGGACGAGCAGGAGACGCGCUCGCUGGUGGAGAAGCCUCUGAGCAACAGCAAAAUCGUUUCAGAGACGCCAAAAUCCCCGCUAGGAUUUCAGUCUUUGACCUUGGUCCCAAGCAAAACUGACCUAUGCAAGGCCCCCCUCCCCAAUGAAGAGCCCCCCAGACGACCUCGAAGGGGCAGUGCCCUGAGACAGGUACUCAUAGCCCUGAUUGCAAAUUUGGGCCCUGUCAACACUGGCAUGGUCUUUGGCUUCUCCGCUGUGGCUAUUCCUCAGCUCAUGUCUGCCAAUUCGACAAUCAAAAUCGACUCUGAUCAGGCCUCAUGGAUUGCCAGUCUCUCUUCCCUGUCUACGCCCUUGGGUUGCAUCCUCGGAGGUUACUUGAUGGAUCUGCUUGGCCGAAGGACGACCCUUCUGUUGCUGGAAGUGCCUUUGGUCGCAGGAUGGCUUCUGAUUGCCACGGCCGGAGGAGUGCCACAGAUUUACGCUGGGAGGCUGCUGGUCGGCCUCGGCUCCGGUUUGGUUGGAGCUCCAGCCAGGGUUUACACUGGAGAGGUUUCUCAGCCUCACCUACGAGGCACCCUCGCCGCCCUGGCCUCCGUGGCCGUCUCCCUGGGAGUGCUGAUUGAAUACGGAGGAGGAGCGGCCACUGAGUGGCCUGUGCUGGCCGGCCUGAGCGCAGCCCUUCCGCUGGCCGCCUUCCUACUGACCGCCCUGCUACUGCCUGAGACCCCGGCGUGGCUACUCACUCAGGGCAAAAAGGACAAGGCACGAAAAGCGCUGCACAGACUCCGCGCCGACACCUGCGACGUUGAACGAGAAUUGGCUGACCUGGAGGCUUUCCGGGCAAACAUCGCCAAUUUGAAGAGUUCCGCUGGUCCGACCGCCCCUCCGCCCAAGCAGCACUCGAUAAUCAAGAGCCUGUUUGAGCCGGCAGCCCUGAAGCCGUUCUCCAUCCUGGUCAUCUACUUCCUCAUCUACCAGUUCUCGGGCGUCAACUCAAUCACUUUUUAUGCUGUUGAGGUGUUCAGAGAAUCUGCAGAAGGGAUUGACGACUACCUCGCCACCGUUGCCUUGGGAGUGGUUCGACUGCUUUUUACGAUGUUGGCCUGUGGCUUGUUGAGAAGAUGCGGCCGACGCCCUCUGACCUUCAUCUCAUCCAUUGGUUGCGGUGUGACAAUGCUUGGACUUGGCACUUACAUGUACCUGGCAAAGGAGGCCAAGGAGGCUGGCUUAGCUCCUCCACCCUCUUGGAUUCCCGUCCUUUGCAUCUUCAGUUUCACCGCAGUGUCGACAAUCGGCUACCUGGUAGUGCCCUGGGUGAUGAUUGGCGAAGUCUACCCAUCCAGGGUGCGUGGCCUGCUGGGCGGACUGACCACCUGCGCCGCUCACAUGUUCGUCUUCACCGUGGUGAAAACGUUCCCCUUCCUCCAACUGACCGCCGGAGUGCACGGCGCCUUUUGGAUCUACGGGAUUAUUUCCACCCUUGGCACCGUCUUCUUCUACUUCUUCCUGCCUGAAACCAAGGGCAAGUCCCUGGAAGAGAUUGAAGACUACUUUGCUGGCAGAAGGGACACCCUGGAUACGCCAAAGAAGAGGCCCAUCGUCAUCUCGCAGCCAGUGUAGUCACCACACACGGGACCAACCAGUAUUUCCGAGCUAAUUUUAUGUUAGGGAGCAUAUGGAAAUGAGAUCUCUGCCGCACAAUGUGUCGAGUGUUGUGCGCAAUAAAAAUGUUAGUGAAACGUGUGAAUACUUCUUGAAAGCGACUCUUACUCCGAUUCGCUUGUAUGUAUAAGUGUAUAGCUAGAGAAUCUUUUUUAUAAAUACGGAAGGUCGUGUAGAGCAGACGCAAAUACUUGACUGGAAAAUUUUGUUGUGCUCGAGCUACUUUGACUGAUGAUCACUGUGCCAUUUAUGUGAUUUGCCAAGGCCUUUUUUACAAUGUAGAAAAGAUGUCUUCUAAUAGAUGAACACGAAUGAAAAAUUGUGUGUUUCAGUGGAAAUUUUCAAGAGUAUGGAAGCUAUAUUUUUGUCUUUAUAUGCUGUGGGAACAUUCACCCUUCAAAUAAAACUGUGGAGUAUUAUUUAUUACGUA